CUACCCGUUGGCUGCAGACGCCCUUCGUAUUCAGAACCCCAGCCGGUGUUUCAGGAAUCCGACUUGCAGGGGUAGGGUUCGCACGCGGUUGCUUGAUUCUUCCCCUUAGUGUGGUGCCCUGGCCUGCUAGUGUGGGCUUGGCGGACCCACUCCGCAUCUGACCCGAUUGUCUUCCCGCUUCUUCCCGCUUCCUCUUUCCUCGCAUCCACAGGAGGCGUCUACACACCACCACCACCACCAUGCAUGGCCAAGGUCAUCCUUGGCCCUGGGAUGGUGUACAGACUCUCCUGGCCUCGACCAGGAGGGUGCAUACACCACGCAAGUGCCCAGGAGGGAGCAACAGCAUAGCGGAUAAAUGUCUGAUCCCCACCUUCUUAUUAGGGCGCGAAGAGCGUAAUACAAGCCAGAGGGAGGAUGCCACGGUGCAGAUAGAUGGUUGUCAUAUUGGUUGGCGGAACGCUCCAGUGCAUAUCUUGCGCAAUUUCCACGCGCUCAACUCCAAUCGAAUCAAGGAGCGUCGAUCAGGUAACGAAGAGGCGCCGCUGAAAAACAAAAGGCUUCUCUGGCGUAUCGGAAACCUAGACCAGAAGCACAUUGUGGAAGAGCGCUGCAGCUCCCGUGUGCAAGGCAGGCUCAAUGGGAGAGCAUUCUCGUCGCGGAGCGUGUGGAUGUACGAGCGUCUGCGCAGUGCUGGUGUGGCCGUCAGUGGAUGGAUUGUUAAUUUCGGGGCUGGCGGGUGGACCGAUCCAAUGCACGAGCUUGCCCGGCAUAAUCCGAACAUGUCAGCGAUCUUCGUAGAUCCACAGGGCACCCGAGGGCAGCGUCCCCCACACAGCAGGGUGCACUUCGUGCAAGAGGCCGCGAGUCCUGUGAACUUGUGCUCUGUCCUGUCUCGAGGUGGGCUCGCAUGCUCACCGCACGGGUCGCGGGCUACCCCAAUAGAUUUCGUCAAGAUCGACAUCGACAGUUUUGAUUGCGCUCUGGCCAAGGCCAUCUUGCGACAGGCCAGGCCGAAGGCUGUAUGGAUUGCGGUCAACAUCGCUGUGCCGCCUCCCGUGCGAUUUUCGCGCCAGUGGGAUCCUCGGUUCUUCGAGGUCGUGAAGCUCCUGGGGCCGCUGGGCAGGACCCCGGCAACUCUGGGCUGCUCCACAAGUGCAGCCGUCGCGUUGUUCCGCGAGGAAGGCUACGGCCUCUAUGCGAGCGAUGGUCAAGAUCUCGUGUUUGUCCACGGUGAUUUGGAGGCCCACGUUGGCGAAGUUGGUGUGGACGAGUUCCUGUGCCACAGGGCCAUCAUGGAUGCAGAUUUGACGCUGUCGUUUGUGGACGGUGGCCACGUCUCAGAGUGGAUAGAAGAUGAUGCUUCCGAGGUCUUGCGCAACAUCUGGUGCAACUUUACAUUGCACGACUAUCUGCUGGGACUGGACGGCAUGCCUUUCGCAAUGUCAGUUUAGUUGGGCCCGCCUACAUGGCCGCGGACUACAGCCGCACUGUCGUUCAGCGGGUUGGGUCCCAGUGCUAAAGAUGAUGGGUACGCCAUAGCAGUAGCUUGGUGACGACUUUGAUUAUUGAGAGGGCAGCGGUCUUUUUGCACCGUCGUUUGCGCUCGGACCCUCGUCACACUCCUCGGCGACACCAUCACCCACAUCUCCACUAUCACCGUUUGCAAUCAUUGUCAUGUGCACUGCUAUAAUGCCCCUCUCGCGCUCGAUCUCGCUCCCCAACUGCGGAGAGCAUCUGGUCCUUCUGCAGCAGCAUUCGCAACACUCACGUACAGCAGUUUUCUUCGGCGCUCGAUCUGUCCGACUAUUAGUUCCUAAGCUGCCGAAUUUCGGAGUGCAUCGGGUCCUGAAUGAACGCGCCCAGUUGUUACAGCAACAUUUGAAGGGGGGCGAUGAAGAACGUCUCCCGGGCUCUGGCGAUGGCCGAUACUUCCCCGCAUGAUGUUGCAGUUUGGGCCCCCCGCGCGAAGGUGACGGUGGCGGAGCCACAGGGCCCCAUACCGCUCAUGGACAUUGCAGUCAACGCGCAUAGUAAGGAC